AUGGCCAGGCUUGGCGACUUUCUAUUGUCUUGUUUUUCCUACGGGACCGUGACGCUUAGUGUGUUCCUCUUUGUGCCGUUCAAGAUGAGUAAGAAGCUGCACGAAGCGUUCUUCGCACGCUUAGUCUACCCCCUGGCGAUGUACUUUUCGGGAGACCGAUUGACUGCGGUACGCCGUCAAGCGGUGUCCCAGCUAGACGACCUGGUGUCUCACGACGGCACGCUCAAGAAGGAGGGCACAAUCAGGGUCCUGGAGAUCGGCGCCGGCUUCGGCGCCAACUUUGAGUACAUGCAGCGGAACGUGAAAUACUGGAGCUUAGACCCUAACGCAGAGUUCGACGACGGAUUGCGGAAGAACCUGAAAAAGAGCCGGAACGUGGAAUUGGAGCGCUGCGUUCACGAGUACGCCGAAGACAUGCGAGGAGUUCCCGAUGACCACUUCGACGCCGUGCUGAUGACCUUCGUACUUUGCUCCGUAACCGAAGUGAGGAAGGUCCUCGCUGAGUGCAAGAGGGUCCUGGCCAAGGGCGGCAGGUUGGUAUUCGUGGAACACGUGGCCUAUCCAGAAGGGACCUGGGGCUUUCUAAUACAGACGCUGGUCGAUCCGCUGUGGUCUUUCACCUUCCUUGGAUGCCACAUAAACAGAAGACCGGAGCGCCUGUUCAAGGAUGCAGGCUUCGAGCAGAUCGAACUCAAUCGAGUGUUUCUGUCUAUGCCUGGAGUGCUGAGUCCCGCCGUGUACGGCUGCGCCGUUGUAGUCAAGGACUGA